GUCCGCGCAUACGUAGUACACAAUCUUUGACAGACUAGUGUCUAGUACUCGUACGGGAUAGUGCGCUGACCUUUCCCUGACGCUGUAAGGUAUGCUCUGCUCUUGGAUACGUACCUCCGCGUCAGGCUGGAGGUCAUAAGCUGGGAGGGAUACUGAAGACUUCUUGACAGAUCCUCGAGACGAUUAAAUCUAGGCCAGAGGGCAGCCUUCAGCUUAACCCGCUAUAUCGGGCUGAUACCCAUUCUAAUACCUAGUCUGGCCGUCAACUUCUGACUUCUUAUCAUACUGCUGACACUGCUGUGACUGCUGUGACUGCCUGAGUGGUCCGCCUGGAUGAUCGCCUUACCUAUUUGACCUGCGCUUCUUUCUUCUCCCAACGGCUCCCGUGCUACGGCUAGCACCACCACCACCACCACCACCACCACCACCACCCCCGACUGGGGCUAAACCGGGCUGAAUCGCAUUGCAUCUUCCUACACAAUCAAACCUGUAGCCACGGCCACGGCUGCAAGCUAUAGCUGUCAUUUUUGCUCCCGUCGCGGCUACCGCCACAGCUACCGUUACUGCUACUAUUACUACUACUACUACUACUGCCGCUGCAGACCUCGCACUAGACGCAUUGUGUUUGCUCCACGUUGCUUUCGUAUUCUUCUUCUCGCCAAUAGAGGAUCACUCGAUCGACCGCUUCAACCUCUCCUCUUGCGAUCUUGUCGCUGAACUCGCCUGUCAGGCCGAACGUCUCUACCGUUACCAUUCCUCCAUUAGGCCCCCCAGCCUCGCAUUGCCCCGACCGACGAACCCGGCGCUACCUUCACGACGUAACGACAAACCUCUGUCGGAGGGGGGGAAACGAUAUUUUCUCGACAUUGCCCUCCGUCGCGCUUCAUCGAACUUGAAGCACAAGAGAGCCGGGUCCCUAGGCUUGGAAAGGCCGCAGGGCAGGUGGCAUUGCUAUCGGGCAUUGGCACAGCCGUUCGCUCGAGGCGUCCCAGAGGCCAUGCCCGUCAGCCGGCCUGUCAGCCAUGCUUUAGCCAGCAGGCAAUGACAACUGGAUCCCGGAUCGAUAUAUCCAGCCUGGAACUCGCAGCACUCUCCUUUGUGCUGAGCUCGCUCGUUCCGUGCUCCGCUCCAUGAUACCCAGAAGCGCCUCGUCGUCUCCAUCACAUAACCCAUGUUGCCUCUAGUUCAGAUGCACCAUACGGUGCCACAGGCGCCAAACUUCGAUCCCCUCCCGCCCUUCCAGCAGCCACAACAACAGCACCACCACCUCCAGCACCGCCAGCCAGAAGACUACACACCGCAGCAACAUAACUACCACCUGCUUCCUCACUUCAGCACGUAUACGUUCAAUCAGAACUUACGCUGCCCGCCAGCCGGCUCGGCGAAUGCUCUUUUCCCCGACGGCAAGACGCCACGAUCCUUUCCAAUCCGGACUUCUUCACACCCAAAUCAACCGAUACAGCGCCGCACGACGGCCGCAGGCCAGUCGCAUUUUCUUGACGGACCGGAACAUCAGUUGCGACGUAAAACGCCGAAUGGCACUAUUGAAGCUGGCUACGAUGGUUCUCAUGCUCAAUACGCCUCGAGGCCUCCGCCCCUGAAGCAGAUGGCGCUCCCGGCGGUUCAAAUGGCGUAUAAUACGAACCGCCCUCAUCAGACCACCGACCAGAUCCGUAAUUCUUUACCUGUCCGUGAUCAGGCAGGCGUUAGUUUGAACAUAACGCCUCCAACAUAUCAACUAUGGCCACUUGCGCAGGACUUGACCCACCAGUCGAUGCACUCUACCGUCUCUCUAGCCUCUUCGCAAUAUGGGUUCAACACUCCGGACACGGCUGCGCUGUUUGGCUCUACUCCUCAGCUUCAUUCGCGGCCUUCGCUAUUCAAUGCCAACUCAUAUUUCCCCGGGACCCUCCCUUCUGGAAACACCGGAGCCAGUAUCCCGGGACUACUGCAUGUAGCCAACUCGUGGUUUCCGACGCAUCAGCAAGAGCAGAGUUAUGUCGGCCCGCCGAUGCACCAUACCCCGUCUCCUUCACCAUCCAUUUACGACCAUCGUUACUCCAAGGUGCAGAAUCAGAUCAUAGGACCGUCUGCCCACUUCACUCCACAGGAUCCUUACGCUCACCUCUCGGCAUAUGGGUCUGGCUUUUUGCAACCUGCGCAAACUCAUUUAGAGGCUCUUACGCUAGAACCGCCUCAAGCUAUCAGCGCUGUUGAUUCUAUGAACAAGACACAUUCUUCGGCGUUCAGAGAAAAGGCGCUGGCUCAAGCGCACCGAAGUUAUGUCGACUUACUCGCACUCUUGCAUCACGGGCGCAAAACUCAGCAGUUGAGGCCUGGCUCAGCUCUGAGCACUACCUCGAGAAUGGUGGUAUAUCCCAAACCACCUAAACAGCCCAUCGUCACCUUGGCCCCGGACCUCUUUUUCCCGGGAGAUGCCGCUAUGAUGGCCAACGCAAGCCACAGAAACAACCAAGAAAGCAUGCUAUUCGGUCCCUUGGGAGACAAAUCGCCGCUCACAACGCAGCAUGCUGGCUGGGACGGGCUUACGGAUUUUCGGCAUGGCAAUUUCCCGGUCACGAACUCCAGUGGAUCUUUGUAUCCGAAUCAGAUUUCGAGAGGCUCGCCUCUCGCGAAUGCCAAAAGUUCCCUAGAGCUUCUCACCCGUCUAUGUGAGCACUCCAAAUGGAAAUGGAUCGAUGGUGUUCUACUGGGAGGCUGCUUGCACUACGGCCUGGAACACUUCGAGGAAGCCUUAGAAUGGUUUACCCGAAUCACUUCACUAGAGCCGAAUCAUGUGGAAGCAGUGUCGAAUCAGGCGGCGACUUUGUACUGCCUGAACAGACAAGACGAGGCGGAGAAAUGCUGGUUGAAGGCGAUCAAGACUCGACCGCAAUACCUUGAAGCGGUAGAACAUUUGGUCGGUCUGCUGUAUAAAAAGAAAAGCGUCGACGCGGUUGAUGUCAUCAAUUUUGUUCAAAAGUCUCUCAGGCUACCAAAAGGAUCAACAGGAGAGACUGGCUAUGACACUGCCGCCGCCCAAAGGGAUGCCGCUCCCAGCUUGGCGGCUAGCCUUUUCGACGAAAGCCGAACCCAGCCUGGCUUUGGUUCGAGCGGUUAUGCUAUUUCAGGUACCGAAAAUGGCCGCAUCCUCGCAUUAGUCCAUGCCAAAGGAACAAUGCUGUACAGUCUGAAGGAUAUCGCAGGGGCGUCUGAAGCCUUUGAGGAAGCUGUCUUGAUCAGCGCAGGAAGAAGAACAGCAUCUGUUCAGACGUUAGUCCGACAGAUCCAGCAGGUUCUGGCACCAAAUGGCAGCAAUCACCACGUCAUCGACAAGGCGACGCCGUCUCGCCCCUUGUUACUGCCACCUGAACAGGCGAGGCGCACGGCAAAGCUAGUAUUUUCCAACAACGGCGAUCUCCCUGGACUACGGUUCGUGCCUGAAGGCGGCCCAAAGCGGGCAGCAAUCCAGACUACUAGCAAUUCGCUACUUUCUCUCGCCAAGAUAUUCCAAGAUGCCAUGUCCUCUGGCUCGCAGGCUGCGGGACUAGUAAGGAAGUCGGCCGGCGUUGGUGACAUUCUGUCUCUUUACUAUCUUUCAUUGUCACUUCAAGAGAGCCCAUCAACUGCAAACAAUGUAGGCAUUCUACUUGCCAGUGUACAGCAGCCCAUGGCAGCAUCGUCGAGUCAAACUUUGUCAUCAUUGCCUAGUAUUCCUGGCAUUACCCCUGGCAGUGGACUCGCUUUGGCUCUUGCGUACUACAACUACGGGCUUACACUGGAUCCAAAGCACGUUCACCUGCACACCAAUCUCGGCAGUCUUCUCAAGGACAUUGGUCAGCUGGACCUUGCGAUUCAGAUGUAUGAGCAGGCUGUUCAGUGUGAUGGAAAUUUUGAUAUCGCCCUAACAAAUCUUGCAAAUGCCGUCAAGGAUCGAGGGCGUAUCAGUGAUGCAAUAACAUACUACAAAAGGGCUGUUCAUUCCAAUCCAGAAUUUGCAGAAGCAGUAUGCGGGUUGUCUACAGCCUUGAACUCGGUUUGCGACUGGAGAGGCAGGGGCGGCGCACUCCUACAGGGGGGCACGUAUGAUCGCUGGCAUGUCGACAACGAGGGCAUGUUUUUCGAUGCCAGAAAGGAAAACCAAGGAUCCGGCCUCACGAAGAAGGUUAUCGACAUCGUGUCGCGCCAACUCGCUGACGCGUCAACUUGGGGCGUUGGCGUUCUACAGGAUAACGAUAUUGCAGCAUUGGUUGCACAGCUGCGUUUGGCCGACGGGGAGUCGAAUGACGCCCACGCCAACUUCUCGACAAAGCUACUUAGCUGGUCCAAGAGUCCUUGGGAAGGAUCGCGUCUGCUGAGGCUUGUGGAGCGUGGAGCACGGGCAGCGAUGCGGCGAUGGUAUUGCGACAAGUUUGUUCGGGGUUCGAUGAAGUCGACCUCGGAGUACAUGCGUCCUCAACUACCGUCUACCCUCGCUGUACCAUCCGCUCCAACAGUCCUCCCAUUCCAUACCUUCACCUGUCCCUUGACUGCCAAGGACAUUCGCAUGAUAUCACAACGCAACGCGUUCAGGAUCUCCUGUUCCACACUUCGCUCCCCUUGGCUUCCAAAGACCGUCUACCCCCCACCUGCGCCUCCAUCGCCUCACCUGAAUGUCGGCUAUGUUUCUUCGGACUUCAAUAAUCAUCCCCUGGCCCACCUUAUGCAAUCUGUUUUCGGUUUUCACGAUUCCACCCGCGUAAAAGCAUUCUGCUAUGCCACGACAGCAAGUGAUAAAUCUGUUCAUCGGCUGCAGAUUGAACGCGAAGCGCCUGUGUUCCGAGAUGCCAGCACGUGGACUUCGGACAAGCUAGUUGAGCAAAUCGUUCAAGACAAUAUUCAUAUCCUUGUCAACCUGAAUGGCUAUACUAGAGGCGCUCGCAACGAAAUUUUUGCAGCGAGACCUGUUCCGAUCCAAAUGUCCUUCAUGGGCUUCGCCGGCAGCUUGGGUGCCGAGUGGUGUGACUAUCUGCUUGCAGACGCCACAGCAAUCCCGCCGGAGACACUACGCCCUUGGCGUGGUAACCUCUCUGUUACAGACAUUUUUGAGGACAAAACUGAAGAAGGCGACGGAGACUGGAUCUACUCGGAGAACAUCGUGUUCUGCAAAGACACUUUCUUUUGCUGUGACCAUGCGCAGUCGAGCGAUCCCGAUGAACAUAAAGUUUCAUGGGAAGAUGAGCAGCGCCGACGGUGGAGCAUGCGGAAAGAGCUGUUCCCCAAUCUGCCCGAUGAUACCGUUAUCAUGGGAAAUUUCAAUCAACUAUACAAGAUCGACCCUACAACAUUCCGGACGUGGCUACGCAUCCUAGCACAGGCUCCCAAGGCCAUCUUAUGGCUCUUGCGAUUCCCCGAACUGGGAGAAACGAAUCUUAGGAGGACGGCGAAGGAUUGGGCCGGGGAAGAAGUUGCUAGCCGAAUCAUCUUCACGGACGUGGCACCGAAGAACCAGCAUAUUUCCCGAGCUCGCGUUUGCGAUUUAUUCCUCGACACCCCCGAGUGUAACGCGCACACCACGGCCGCAGAUGUAUUGUGGUCUAGUACACCUCUUCUCACACUACCACGAUACCCCUACAAGAUGUGUUCGCGUAUGGCGGCUUCAAUUUUGAAGGGCGCCUUGCCUAGAGGUCCCGUGGGUGUUGAGGCAGCAAAGGACCUCAUCGCCGGCAGUGAAGAAGACUACGAGCUCUUUGCCAUCAGACUAGCUAAUGGCCUGUCCUAUCGAGUUGGUCGUGGUGGCUAUGGUGAAGGCAGGGGUCGGUUGGCAACCUUGCGCAAAACACUGUGGGACAGCAAAUGGACCUGUGCGCUUUUCGAUACCAGACGAUGGGUGGUUGAUCUAGAGAAGGCCUACGACGAGGCGUGGCGACGAUGGGUGGCAGGAGAGGAUGGAGAUAUCUACUUGUAGAGGCUCCAGCAUUUCUUUCAGGGGCAUGGCAACUUUGAUUACGCAUUCAUGUACUGGGACGAAGAGCUCGCGCCCAGUACUUAUACUUGCCGAAAUCAUGUUCGUUUUGGGGCAAUCUUCUUUGGCUUUUAUUCUGGAUGCACCACUAGGGACUUGCAGGCUGGCCAAGGUGCUGGCCAGGUUUAGACAUCAGCGGCGGGAGUUCCAGGCGGAGGAUAUGCUAUUGAUCUGCCUAGACACCAGUCCAGAGCAAUACUGCUCGAUGAACUGAGCAUAUCUUUUACUGCUUUGACGUUACUGAGGCAAACUCAGUGUUGGUUGCGGGAUGGAGCCGGCGUUUGGAGGAGGGUUUGCCUCGGAGCAGGCUAUGAUGUACAUAAUAAUACCCUGGGCCUCUUUCCUCGUCCAUGUGAGAUGUGAGGCCCCCGCAAUCCAUGUUUUGAUUGAAAUUCA